UGAAUUUUAACCGUGUACAACAUCGCGUCAGACACGACUGAUCCACCGCCAAUGGAUGGGUGACUCGCGGCGUCGUUUUAUCUUUGAUUGGCAGCUCCCGGAAGACGGCCCUUCACGCCGGGUCAAGGUCGUACCAUACUAAAGGAGGUAAAGGGGGGGGAUUUUCGUGCCAACCGGACGCACACGCGACUAAAGACCGUUGUAUUUUUUUUUAUUUGUUCAACGACUAGUGCCGUGUGCCGCUCCCCCCUCCCCUCUCCAUCCCCAUCCGACGCAUCCUAAUGGUCAGUUCUACACCUGCCGACCACCUCCUCCACGCGCGGCGGCGAUCCGUUAUUUAAACUCCGCCACGCCGCGCGAGCCCUGCACCCUGGCCAAUACUCCCACCACCACCACCAUCACCACCGCCGUAAACUGCAACCAACCGUGGCUCGUUUCCUCAUCCACGCCAACUCCGCCAAAGACGAGCAUGGAAAAAGCAGUCCGUAGCACCAUGACAGAAUUUUGGAAGGAGCACUCCAAGGAGGCCACAGUGGAGGAGAUGAUGCUGGACUCUCACGCCAGGGAGCUGACCAAAGAGGAGCUGCCUGAGAUCCUCUCUCUGUUGCCCAGCCUGGCUGGACAGAGGGUCCUGGAACUGGGAGCUGGUAUUGGUCGCUACACCAGCCACCUGUUGACCAAGGCUGACCAUGUGACUGCCGUGGACUUCAUGGAGAGCUUCGUGGAGAAGAACAGACAGGAGAACAGUCACCACAGCAAUGCUGCCUUCAUCCAAGCUGACGUCACAAAGCUGGACUUCCCCAAAUACAGCUUUGACAUAAUCUUCUCCAACUGGCUGCUGAUGUACCUGAGUGAUGAGGAACUGAUGUCCCUGGUAAAGAAAAUGCUGAGCUGGCUGACACCUGGGGGUUUCCUCUUCUUCAGGGAAUCCUGCAAUCACCAGUCAGGGGACUGUAAGAGGGACUUCAACCCCACCCACUACCGCACUCAGGCACAUUACAGCCACCUUAUGACAUCAGCACAGUGGGAGGAGCCAGAGGGGGGAGAGAAGUUUGGCUUUGACAUUGUGAUGACGAAGAAAGUUGAGACCUACAUCAAGAUGAAGAACAACCAGAACCAGAUCUGUUGGCUACUGGAGAAAGUGUCCCGAUCCUCAACCACCCAAGGCGGCUUCACCACAUUCCAGCAGUUCCUGGAUAACCAACAGUACACACGCCGUGGCAUCCUGCGCUAUGAGAAGAUGUUUGGAGCUGGAUACGUCAGCACGGGAGGACCCAGCACCACCAAGGAGUUUGUGGAUCUUCUAAACUUGAAACCUGGUCAGAAGGUCCUGGACAUUGGCUGUGGCAUCGGUGGGGGAGAUUUCUACAUGUCAAAGACAUUUGGAGUUGAUGUGCUUGGGUUGGACCUGUCAGAAAACAUGGUGGACAUUGCCAUGGAGAGAGCAAUCGCCGAGAAGUUGCCACUGGUCCACUUUGAAGUAGCUGAUGCCACUAAACGCUCCUUCCCAGAGGGCUCCUUCGAUGUGAUCUACAGCAGAGACACCAUCCUUCACAUAGAUGACAAACUGGCCCUCUUCAAACGCUUCCAUUCCUGGUUGAAGCCAGGUGGCCAGCUGCUGAUCAGUGACUACUGCUGUGGGGAGAAGCCAUGGACACCCCAGUUUCAGGCCUAUGUCAAACAGAGAGGCUACAUCCUCUAUACACCAUCCCAGUAUGGCAAGUUUAUUGAGCAGGCUGGAUUCAGCCAUGUGCUAGCAGAGGACCGGACAGCUCAGUUCAUCCAGGUGAUCAAAACAGAACUGGAGAGAGCAGAGGGGAUCAAACACGAGUUCAUCGAGGAAUUCUCUGAAGAGGACUACUUGGCCAUUGUGAAUGGAUGGAGCGAAAAACUGAAGCGCUGCCACACAGGCGACCAGCGAUGGGGGCUCUUCCAUGCGACAAGAGAAUGAGUGAAAGAGAGAAGAGGAAACCCUCCUUUCCUCUGGCUAGAAUAGUUGUGUUCUGCACCUUGGCCCGUGUCAGAUGGUCCGGCUAGCUAUCUCAGAAUCUGCUGAGAAAUCAGAGCUUGAAUGUUCACCAUGUGGCGUUUGUCUUAACAGUUCUAAGUCACAGUGGUGCUUUAAAGGAAGCUGCUGUUGUUGUUCACAGCGUUCUGAGGUUUAUACUCCAUUUAACACUGUUUUGUGGAAGUUUUUUUGUGAACAGCCCCCCCCCCAAACAUCAUGUCUGACCCAAAUUAGUUUUAGAUAUUUUUAAUUGAAAUUUAUUAAAUUGCAUUUAAUACCGAUGCCCUUAUUUGUUAUCCAAGACAAAACUGUAUUCACAUUAAUGCAUUUUUUUCCAAAAUGCUGUGAUUUGGUUAAGACUGGCCAAUAAAUGUAGAACAACA